CACCGGGCGGCGGAAGUACAAAGGAGGCCGUCUGCCUCCUUUGUCCUGGAUUUGGGAGCUGAGCGCCUCCGUCGCCAUUGGCCUUCCUGCCCCAGCUCCGGCCUCUCUCAUCUCGGGAAUCUGCGUCAGAAGUCACCGGCAGUCCCGCCAGAGAAUUACUGUGAAGGCCGGGGAAAACAGCUACAAAAUGUAACUACGCCACAGCAGAGAGCUGGACUGGAAGAGGAGCAACUGGGACAGAAUCUGGCGCCCCAACCGGGACUAGAACCUGGGGGAACUGGUGCCAUAGGCGGAGGAUUAGCAAAUAAUAAGAAGGCUACCAGCAGUUGUGAGACUGCAAAAGCAGCUUGCCAGGAAAAUGAAGCUCCCUAUUUUCAUAGCAGAUGCAUUCACAGCGAAAGCAUUUCGUGGAAAUCCUGCUGCUGUUUGCCUUCUAGAAAAUAAAUUGGAUGAAGAUGUGCAUCAAAGCAUUGCAAAGGAAAUGAACCUCUCUGAAACAGCCUUUAUCCAAAAACUUCAGCCCACAGACAACUUUGCACACAGUUCCCGCUUUGGACUCAGGUGGUUCACGCCGGCAAGUGAGAUCCCACUCUGUGGCCAUGCCACCCUGGCUUCUGCAGCUGUGCUGUUUCACAAAAUAAACAACGUGAAUAGCACUCUAACCUUUGUCACUCUGAGUGGGGAGCUCAGGGCCACAAGAGCAGAGGGUGGUGUCGUCAUGGAUUUUCCUCUGUACCCAGCCCACCCCCAGGACUUCCACGAAGUAGAGGCCUUGAUCAAGACUGCCAUCGGGGACACACUGGUCCAGGAUGUCCGCUAUUCUCCAGAUAUCCGAGGUCUGCUUGUCCGGCUCAGUGACAGCUACGACAGGUCGUUUCUGGAGAACCUGAAGGUGAACACGAGUGAUCUGCUGCAAGUUGAGAACACAGGGAAGAUCAAAGGACUCAUUCUCACCCUCAAAGGAGAGUCUGGGGGGAAGACCCAUGCCUUCGACUUUUACUCCAGAUAUUUUGCACCGUGGUUUGGUGUGGCUGAAGAUCCUGUAACAGGAUCUGCACACACUGUUCUCAGCAGCUACUGGUCCCAGCAGCUGGGCAAGAAAGAAAUGCGUGCCUUUCAGUGUUCCUGCCGAGGAGGAGAACUGGAGUUAUCCCUGCGUUCAGGUGGACGAGUUGACAUUAGGGGAGACGCGGCUGUUGUGGUGGAGGGCACGCUGUCUGUCUAGAAAUGGCUGCACUGGGAUGCCACUAUCUCUAGUGACAGCAUUUUCUGCAUCAAAAGAAAUGCAAGGGGCUGCCUUUAGCAAACUCACAUAGUGGGCAGUAACCAGCUUGAUUGUUGUGUUAAAACAGGAAAAUGAAGACAUACUAGUGGAGAUUUGAUAAUGCUUCCAGAUUAAUUAACUAAUGCAGUUUUGGCUCCACUCAUUAGUGUAUUUGAAAUGUAAUCUAUAACAGAGAAAAAUCUUGUCACUUAUUUUGAUUAUGCUGACUGGUCAGAGAAUGAGGAAUGCAUUUAUGAAGAGUGAGGUUAAAUCAUUUAAACUUAGGGGCAAGUACCUGGUAGAAUAUUUGUAGCUAUUAAAAAACAUAAUAACUAUGUGGAAAUAUAGAAACAUUUUAUGAUGACUAUUAAGUAAAGAAAGCUAUAAUAAGGCCACAAAAUAUUAGCAAUGUUUUACUAAGUGUGUAGAGAAUGUGAAUUUAUUUGAACAGGCAUGAGCCAUGAAAAUAGCCAAGUGAAAACAGUUUGUGUGUGGGGUGGUUUAAGAUCAGGAAUAAUUUUAACAUAUUUGAAAAGUUAUUUCUUCUGUUGUUGCUCCAUGUACAUUAACUAGGACAAAACCCAGAAAAUUUUAAAGUGUGUUUUAGGCUGCUUCCUGUGGUUGUAAAAUUAAACACUGAAACUAUGGAAACUUUUUUUCAUGACUUGUGGCAUUAGAGUGCUAACUUAAAAGGGUUAAUUAAUUAACUAAUAAUAAUAAAAUGGGUUUUAACAUA